AUGCAGAAUGACAAUCCAUUGGAGAGCAUCUUGAACCUUCAAUUGUCUUCCGAUGCUCUGGCCGUCCUUUAUUUACCGUCCCUCCUACAAACUUUAUCGCCAAACUAUUUUCUGGCCUCGGCAGAUAGCGCUUUCCGACAAGACAAGUUCACAUCGGAUGGAUCCACUUCGGUAUUGAGUAUAGCUCAACUAGGGAAAUGGACGAAUAGAAUCACAUCCCUCCUGCAGUCCAAAGACCCCAGUGCACGAUGGACCGGCAUCUGUUUGGCGAAGAAGACAUGUGAGCUGAGAAGGGAUAUUAUGAUAGAAUUCAGUCAAAGGUGGAUCAAUCUAACUCUGCCGCUGCUUUCUAAAUCGGAACCAGUCGCUGUCUGGAACGCUGCAAUAGACCUACUUGUUUAUGUGUUCACCAAGAAUAUCCACCUUCCCGAGUUCAGACGUCAAGUCUCUACUCCAACGGUACCCAAAUUCAGUGCCGCAUUAUUAGAACUCGUUCAAAAGGGGGACACAUCUCUAAAAGUAAGCCAAUUAUCGGGUUACAAAAUUCCCCACAUUGCAUCGAACCCUCAAUGCUCAAAUCCAAUCAUCCACUAUGUCGCUACUUGCGGGCUCAUUUCCUGUCACUCAACCGACAUCGAUUACGUACGCAGCGGCUCAUCUGCUGGCCUCUAUGCAUCAUAUAGAUGGAAAGGUUGGAGCGCCCAUUGCCUGGAGAGACAUUAUGGAGAGUGCGCUUUACGAAGCAUGGAAAUGCCUAGCAGAACUGCAGAAAUCAAUCCUUCCCGUGCUGUUCUUGUACCUUUGGCCGACUUGGCAACUUUCACGAUUCAGCUGCUUCGAACAACAGAACUACCUCAACUUCCACAAUCAGACCUCACCCGCUAUCAGCUUGAAAAGCAAGUAAACCCUCGUUUGGUCGAAUUAGGUGCGACCAUGUCCACAAUACUGGCCACAAGCCAGGCGACUUCCUUGAAUGGGACUAAUGCACAAGAAGGAGGGAAAAAAUCCAAGGGCAAGAACAGGGCAAAGAAUCUGCAAGGAGAAGAGGUCUUGAGCUUGGUGGAAGAAGGAAUAUCAUCGAGACUUUCAACUCGGGAGGAGCUGGAUGUUGUUCUUUAUGCAUUAGAUGUAUUCCAAAGAAUAUUGAGAAUGCCAUUUUUAUCGGCAUCCCUCUACUCAAUAGGGACACGCCUUGUUCUUGCUCUCCACCUUCAACUUACUGGACAACCACCGCCGACUGAAGUAGAUUUCGGCUCUCAUAAAGCAAGCGUAGAUACUGUUUUCCAUAGCCAGCUACAAGCCAAACUCAUUGAUAUUCAAAGCGAGUUGUGCUUGGGUACUUCCGGAUAUGCUUGGAGAGGCAUGGGUGUCUCGGUGGAUAUAUUGCUCAAAGCAGAUGAGGAAACGAUGGUCUCUAGUGCUACAAAGUCUAGUAUUCGACUUAUCGAUGCCCUACUUCAUCCUCGAUUACCCCCCUCGUCGAGACCACUACUGAAGCCGGAAAGCCUGAUGCUAUUCCGCGAAGAUGAAUCGAAGGAAGAGCGAGAUGAAAGAGUUGGCUUGCGUCUGGAGGAUGACAUGGAGAUUAAUUACGAAGUGGAUACAGAAGCAAGGAGAAGGAUAUCGACCGGACAGGAUAUUGCGAUGCAAGACGAAAGGGUGCAAACUGGCCAAGAAACUCUUGAUAUAUCGGGUGGUACGAUCAUCCGAAUUGAAGAAAGUCCUACUGUUCCAAAUCUUGUCGUGUCCAAAGAGCUUUCUCAAACUUCAAUGGUUCAACAGGUUGACCAUCAGGCGGUUGAAACCUCUCAACAUUCGCAGCAGCAGAACCUAAUGGAUAUGUCGGAGCUGUCUGAACCAACAAACGAUUUUAUACGAACGUCAUUUACCUCAAAGCCGCCUAUCUCGGUUGCUCAGUCAGGCGACAAGACUAUAAUGGCAAACCAGUCCACAUCAGUGAUGGUGUCCAAGAAUGACACUGACGAGCCAGCUCAGGAGGCACCCUCUUGGAAACUGUCGAAGACAAUGGACUCAGACUCUGACGAAGAUAUUCCUUCAAUCAACAUGAGUUCUGACUCAGAAUAG